GCGACGGCCAGCCGGGCAGCGGCACCGCCGUCGACAGCUGUGGCAGCUGCCUGCCCCUGCACUCGCCCGGCUGGAACAACUGCACGAGGAUCACGAGUGCCUGGCCCAGGCUGCUGGACCGGGCCGACGGUCUGGAGGACACCGUGAACCUGCGGGGCGCCGGACUCAGCCCGGAGGCCCUGGGGGAGGUCACCUGCUCCCUCGCCCCCCUCGCCGGCUCUCUGCCGGUGAGCGUGCGCAAGACGCUGGUGGAGGACGGCAUCAUCGAGCUGCUGGUGGAGCUGUCUCCCCGGGACGGCACGUACGAGGUGCGCUGCGCGUCGAGCGCGCUGGGUGACAUCCCGGCCGCGGACGGGCUGUCGGUGGCUGUGGUGGACAGCCGUAGCCUCGACAUCAGCCGGGUCACCCCGAGCGCCGUGCUCGCCGGCCAGCCGUUCAAGGCCAUGCUGGAGGUGGAGGGCGUGACGGCGGGGCAGCGCGUGUUCUGCUAUGUCCGCAAGGGCAACAGCUCCAUGGCCCAGGUGCUGGACGCUUCGCAGGUGUCGGCCGGCCGCGUGGUCUGCUCCGACUACACCGCCGGCCGGCCGGGCGUCCUGCAGGUGGGGGCCGUGUACACGGAGGACUCCGCGAUGGACAGGGCGAGCACGGGUGUCCCGGGGGAAGUGUCGGUGACGGCGGCGGCGCCCCGCAUGGUCGCGGCGGUGCUGACCCCAGACCUCCGGCAGAUACGCAUCACGUUCACCCGCAACAUGGAGGAGCCCGGCGACUGCUCCCGGCUGUUCGCUGCAGACACCUUGGACAAGCUGGGGCGCGAUGCAAACUGCAGUUUUCGGACCAACCAGCUGGUUGUGGAUCUAGGAGAUGAAAUGAAGUUGUCCCCAGAUAUGGAGCUGACGUUGGUUGAUGUCGGAAGUGUGAAACUUGACACCUCUCAGGUGGAGACGCCCAGGUUCCACGUGAUCGCCCCCCGCUCGGUGUGCUCGGACGGCCGGGAGGGCACGUCCUUGGGCCGGGGACGUCAGCGCGCCCCGCCGGAAGACGCCCCCACCAACUCCAUCGACGAGAACGUCCCAGCGAUCUGGCUGGUGAUGGAAGGGAGCCAGCGCCUGCUGCUGGAGUGGUCGGUGUUCUUCCGCGGCGUCGAGGCAGCCGGCCGCCGCUCUCAGCGCCGGGCGCUGCUGGCGUGGGAGAGCGUUCGCGCCGUUCAGGCCGAGCUGACGCGCUCGAGCCGCGCCGCGGCGAGCGGCCAGGUGCCCAUCAACGUGACCGUGAUGAUGCCCGGCAUGACGUACCUGGUGAACGUGACUGCAACCAACGCCCUGGGCGCGGCGAGCGAGGUGAAGGGCUUCUCCGUGUCCCUGGCGCCCAAGGGCUCCGACGGCACGGAGCUGCUCGUGCUGGGGCCCCGCGCCACCUUCUCCGACACGGAGUACAUCGCGGAGGCACGGCUGCACACCUGCGACCGCUCCGUCCUCAACCAGACGCUGCUGUACCGGUGGUCCGUGGUCCAGGGGGACGAAGAGGGCGUGAACGUGGACCUCCAGAGCGGCAGGAGGCUGAAGCUGGCCGCCGGCACUCUGCGGGGCGGCCAGCGGUACACCGUCACCUGCACCGCGCUGGGGGAGUCCCAGGAGCCGCUGGCCUCCGGCACCUUGGUCCUGACAACCCUUACGAGGGGUGUCCAGGCCGUGCUGCUCGUCACCGAAGUCACGAUCGGGACCGGGCAGCCCCUGCAGUUGGACGCAUCCGUCUCGUACGACCCUGACAACCAGCCGGGAGAGCUGCAGUUCCUGUGGUGCUGUCGCAAGAGCGACAACAGCAGCUGCGAGAUCGGCAAGGCCGGCCCGAACGUCACGCUCGAGGGGAGCGCGUUCACGUCGCCGGUGCUCAGACUACCACCGGGCUCCCUGGCUCUCGGAGAGUACGUGCUGACGGUGGCCGUGUCGAAGGGAGGAGGAGGGAACGGCGCCGCGCGGGCGUCCUGCAAGGUGCUGGUGGUUCCGGGCUCCCCGGCGGCCGUGCUGGUGGAGCCGGACGUGCGCCUGACGCGGCUGGACCCGGCGCGGAACGCCACGGUGCACGCCAGCGUGACGGGCGUGCGGGAGUGCUGCCGGCUGUGGUGGUCCGUGCUGGACCGGCCGGGCUACCAGUACUUCGACCUGGCCGGCCUGGUGGGCGUGGGCGACACCGUCUACGUCACCGACGAGGCGAUGCAGUCCCUGGCCCGGCGCCAGCCGCCGAGGAAGGACUUCCCGCUGUUCAUCCCGGGGCCGACGGGCAAGUGGCCCGGGCUGCUGGGGGACUCCAAGUACAAGCUGCGGCUGACGGCGUCCUGCCCCGUCUGCACCGCGUCCGUCGGCUCCGUCCAGUCCUACGCCGACGUCGUCAUCAGCACCAACUCCCCUCCCGUCACCGCCCGCCUUCAGGUGACGCCCAGCGAAGGAGAGGCGCUGCUGACGCGCUUCACGUUCGCCACGCGGUCCGCCUAUGACAGCGGAGCGGACCUCCCCCUGCAGUACAGGUACGGCUACUGGGUCCGCAACUCUUCGGCCGUGCACAUCUUCAGCACGUCCUCGGUGGAGCUGGAAGCACGCACCCUGCUGCCCUGCACGGAUGAAGGCUCCACGAUCACUCCAGUGCUGGACGUGUGUGACUCCCGUCAGCUCUGCACGAGCGUCCAGGGCAACUUGAUCAAGACACGCCCGCCCAGAAGCGUGACACUCGACAACGUCGAGGCCAUAUCCGCGGAGAUGAGGCAGCUGAUGGUGUCGCAGCAGUACCCCGAGGCGCUGAACCUGGGCCAGGUGAUGCUGUACAGCCUGCAGGUGCUGGCGGACCGGACCCUGUACCGGGAGGCCGGCCGGAGGGUGGAGCAGGCCAUCAGCUCCGAGACGGCCCGGCUGAGGGCGAGCCUCAAGCCAGACCAGAACACCAUCAUGGUGAGCCUGGACUUCAUAGGCAUGGCCGUGAAGACGCUGCAGGAGCUGCCCAUGUCGACGGCGACCAUUCAGCAGCUGGCAGGCUUCCGCAACGAGAUCCUGGAGCUGGAGGGGGGCCGAGAGCGAAAGAAGAGGGAAGCUACCACCUCGGGCCGCUACUUGACCAUCAAAGCGGUGGAAAGUUCUCUGGAGCUGUCUGAGCUGAUGAUAAAGCAAGUCAACAGCUCUGUCGCCAUGAUGGAGAAAUCGACUCUAUUGCAUCAGAUCCCCACUUACUUGACUAGACUCUGCAAAGGUCCUGACGUCACUGACAACAAACCUGCCACAUUAGAAUUACACAUACUAACACUUAGUGUUGAGAAAAUGGAUAUGAAACACAGAGGUAGCGUCACAAUGGACAUUCCGAAAAGAAAUGGUCCGCACAUUGCCAACUUGACAGCCACUGUGAAGUUUGGCACCCCGAUGGCCGACGCAUUGAAGACUGGCCCGAUAUGCCUGGGGGCUGUCAUGUUCCCAGAAGACUAUCUGUCGCAGACUCACAACACGACUCGCGUUGACAGGCGCAGCGCAGUUUUUGGUGUGCACGUGACCUUCGCGAACAAGGAGGGGGUGGCGUCGCCGGGUUUCCUGGAUCGUCCAAUCAGCGUGAGCCUGCCUGUGUGGGACAGUCACGUCUCGCGCAGCCAGAGGAUCGUGUGCGCCUCGUGGCAGGAAGACGCCAGGUGGAGCUCCGACAAGUGCAAGACGUCGCAGCACCACGCGGUGGCACGCCUGACCUGUAGCUGUCACACACUCGGGUACUACACGGUUAUUGUGGAAGAUGUCCCUCAGAAAGCAACAACUCCAACAGUUGUACCUUUAACAAGUGAGCUAACAACUCGAAAGGCAGAAACGACCCCUGCGGUAAAAAAGACAACGGAGGUGACUACCACUACGAUGCGUACCACAACAAAACUUAUACUUCUUACCACAUCUGCAAAACCAGAAACCACAUUGUCAACUCGGCCGACGACAGCAAAAACGACAACCACAACACUGCAACCAGCCGUGACAACAGCUAAAACUACGGUACCGCAGACUAUGAGACCAACUACAAGACCCACAACAGUACGACCAGUACAACUUCCUCUACCUCCGUCACCCAGAAUAACGCCAUUACCCACAGCACCGACAUCUGCCCACACGUUGCCGGGAGCCCCUGCAGUGGACACGAGUACCGAGAAGGUUGGCACGACCAUGCCAGCUACUCGCACCUCUCGGAGGGCGGGGCCGGGUCUGGCGUCUCCGGACGUGGUUCGUUCGACAGGAGCCGUGGGGGAGGCGCCCAGAACUACCCCCGUCACUGCUCGCCUCGUCAGCAACAUUACCUACAGUGUAUCCUUCAGGAUCGAGGAGAACUACAACGAGACAGUUGGCGAUAUGAAAGAGCAGUUCGUGGACGUUCUCAAGCAGCAGAUAAUGGAGCAGGUCAACAUGCCAGAUCCAAUGAUGGUCGAGAUUAGCGUGUAUCCUGGCAGCAUCGUGGUGCACAUGCGGCUCGCCGACACGGACGUGAGGACGGUGCAGGAUGUGAUCCCGCAGAUAGCCCGCCUGCUGCACCGCGGGGACCUGGUGGUGGAGGGGCUGGACCGCCGGAGGCUGGACGUCCCCCCUCAGCCCCUCAACCUGCUGCAGCCCGGCGGCCCCGAGCGCAGCAUGGCAGUUGUGUAUGCGGUGGGUGGAUACGCAGCCUUCAGCGUGGCAUGUCUGGCUGCGUUUGCAGCGACCGCAGCCUUCCUUAAGAGGAAGAGGAAUAAUCACAGACCAUGGAAAAGGCAGCAGGCGAUUUCGAAAGGUCAGGCACCAAUGUACCGUCAGUUCGAGUUUGAGAAAUCAAUAGACGGCUCGGAGGCAUCUCUGGCGCGGUACCGCACCUGCCUGCCCUCCAUGGGUACAGUCAGCACCCUGACACUGACAGGGCUAGAUAAAGGGGCGGUGCAGUACCUGCGAGUGGACGGCAGCCUGGGCCGGCCGGCGGACCAGGCGCGGCGGCGCGGGAAGAAGAAGAGGAGGAAGGAGGCGAAGCCCCAGGGGCUGCUGGGGCGCGAGGAGAGCGACGACCGCGACUCGGGCAUCGUCGUGACGGACAGCGUGCCGCAGCACGGCUCCCGUCGCAGGACGCAGAAUCCAGCUGCAUCAACAGCAUCUUUCGAUGCUCUACCAGGAACCCCAACUGACAACUAAUGGAUAUCACAAAAGGUUUUAUGCAUCUUGUUCACAAGUACAUGGUCCUAGUGUGCAGAUUUCACCAUUAUUAUCACCUCAAAAUAUGAUUUAUACAAUUAUUAUACAUUCUGUAAUUUAUUGACUAGUCACAGUUCUGAAUAUCGCCAAAGAAAAAACAGAUAGACAUGGCCGGAAGUGAAUAGCAGAGGAGAAUUAAAACAAAAAAAAAUUCCUUUUAGAUAAACAUAAUGUUUUUGCGUGAAGGCAGAUUCAUUGUAUUCAAAAUUGUUACUAAGCUAUCUAUAUUUAAUAGCUGGAUUGACCAUAACUAUUAAAAGACAGGAGUAUUUUUUAAAUUUUAAGGUGAAUUGUGUUAGUAACUGUUACAAUUUGGAACUCAACUUAAGAUGCCUUGUCAGUUGAAGCUUACUCUAGAUAUAUUUAACAACCAAAAUUUUAAUCAAAACAAACAGAGUAUAUAUAUGUAUCUCAGUUUUAAUGAGUAAAAAGCAUUGACAUAAUAAAAAUGAACUAACUUGUCCAGUAAAAAUUUAGAAUCUGAAUAUUUCUUUGUUCAAACUGUCUCUCAUUUUAGUGUGUGUUUCAGUAAAAAUCAAAAAUAUUCUUGGUUGAAACCUCAAUGAAGAGGUACAAUGUACACUUUAUGGCUAAAAAAUUUUAAUUGAUUGUAUUAUUAUUGAAAAUGAAAUAGCUACAAUAAAUGUUUGAUGGUGGUAA